ACGUAGCUGGCUCCAACUUAAAACCAACUUCACCGCAGUCUUCCGGGCAGAAAAGCGCAGACUGUGCGCUCGGAGCGGCCGCACACAAAAGGCGGAUCUCAGAAAAAAAGACGCAUUGAAAAGAAAUUUUAAAAAAAGAAGCUGGUGCUGGGUGGAAAAAGCGGACCAAGUUAGAACAGAGGUCAUCGUAUCCUAACUGGAAAAUGUCUUACCAUGGCCUGACGGCUCACCAGAGGAGCAAAGGACCCAUGCCCAGGGGCUUGAAUAGUAAAAUGAGUCAACAGAAAGACAUGUUGGGAAAUUAUGAAUCGGAUGACAAUGAAGGGGACCUCUGGCUUGAGGUCAAGAUCACUGAGGCUGAAACAGCAGCAGACUACUCAGACAAGAGCCAGCAGGCGAAAAAAGGAUGCACGCCAAGGGGGAAGAGAUAUGAAGGAAGUCAGCAGCAAGACAUGUUGGGAAAGUCUGGAUUGAAGACCAAUCAGAAGGACUUCAACCGUAGUGUCCACAACUUGACAACUGGUGGGUUUUCAGCAGACUACUCAGACAAGAGCCAGCAGGUUUGUGACUGUGGAUGGACCAAGUGGACCACUGACCGUGGCCUGAGGAUUCACCAGGCGAAAAAAGGAUGCACGCCAAGGGGGAAGAGAUAUGAAGGAAGUCAGCAGAAAGACAUGUUGGGAAAUGAUGAAUCGGAUGACAAUGAAGGGGACCUCUGGCUUGAGGUCAACAACACUGAGGCUGAAACAGCAGCAGACUACUCAGACAAGAGCCAGCAGGUUUGUGACUGUGGAUGGACCAAGUGGACCACUGACCGUGGCCUGAGGAUUCACCAGGGGAAAAAAGGAUGCACGCCAAGCGGGAAGAGAUAUGAAGGAAGUCAGCAGCGAGACAUCAACUUCAACCGUGGUGUCCACAACUUGACCAUGGCUGAAACAGCAGCAGACUACUCAGACAAGAGCCAGCAGGUUUGUGACUGUGGAUGGACCAAGUGGACCACUGACCGUGGCCUGAGGAUUCACCAGGGGAAAAAAGGAUGCACGCCAAGGGGGAAGAGAUAUGAAGGAAGUCAACAGAAAGACAUGUUGGGAAAUGAUGAAUCGGAUGACAAUGAAGGGGACCUCUGGCUUGAGGUCAACAACACUGAGGCUGAAACAGCAGCAGACUACUCAGACAAGAGCCAGCAGGUUUGUGACUGUGGAUGGAACAAGUGGACCACUGACCGUGGCCUGAGGAUUCACCAGGCGAAAAAAGGAUGCACGCCAAGCGGGAAGAGAUAUGAAGGAAGUGCGCAGCGAGACAUCAACUUCAACCGUGGUGUCCACAACUUGACAACUGACCUUAAUUUAGACGAUCAGGUUUGUUUCUGUGGAUGGUCCAUGUGGACCACUUACCAUGGCCUGAGGAUUCACCAGGGGAAGAAAGGAUGCACGCCGAAGGGACUGAGGAUUCCACAGAGCGAUCAGCACUUCUGGAAGACUCGGUGGGAAGCGAUGCACCCUAAGGGAAUGACUCCCAGAAAGGAGCUCUAGGGGACAUGAAGCUGAUAUCCAACCACCAGCUGAUGGAAAGAAAAUGUGUUACCAAGACGACAACAACGACAACAGGGAUUAUUUUCCAGCCUCUUGGAGUUACGGGACAUUUUCAACAAUAACCAAAACAAAUGUUGGUGUAUGAAGUGGUGGACAUAAGGGAAAAUCUAUCUAUGUAUCUAUCU